UAGCUAUGUAGCACCAAACAAAGCGGAAAACUGGGGCUAUUAUAUCAGUGUUAGUUAACUAACUAGUUAUUUUAAGGAAAUUGUAAACAGAACAAAUACAGAAUGCUAUCCGAGCUAACAAAUGAAUUUAGUAAGUGUGGGACGGACACCUGUUCAUAUGCGGGUCCUAUUUUGGUUGGUUUGAACGGUGAAACCGCUCAGGCUGGUUCUCCAGGUUGUGUUGAGGAUGACAUAUCAACUAAACACAGCAUCAAUCUGGAACUGCUCAGCAUGGAACUGAAAAGACAAACCAAGGAAACUCAGAAACUCCAAGAUGAAGUUGAACAAGCCACCAGACACACUUUGGAGAGAAUGGGCUGUAUAUUCAAUAAUGAAGAAUCAUCAGAAAACCAAAUCCCUGCAAAACCUCCAGCAUCAGAGGGCUCCUCAGAAUAUGGCAUUUACAGUCAGCAGUCAUUCAUGCAUUCCAUCAAGAAUAAUGUGGAUGUUCCUAUAGCAAGGUGUCUGAGUUUACCUGGAAGAUAUGUUCUCGAGCAAACAAUAAAAGACUAUUCUCAUCAGAUCUCAUCAGACCUCCAACCACAGCUCAGAGAGAAAUACGAGCUGCAGGAUCAGCAGAAGUUUCACUUCCGUCAGUCUGAUAUUAAAUUCGAGACUAAAUUGCAGGAGAAACGGAUUGAAAAAGAUACACUGGCAGACUUAAGAAUGACAGAAUCUCAACAGCAUUGUGAGCGUCUGCCAGAGCUGCACCUGCUUAAGCUAAGAGAACGGCAAAAACAGGCAGAAGCUGCUGACAGAGUGCUGACAUUCAACUGCAAGUCAGAGAUGAUGGAGCAAACCCUGCAAGGCGUCUUUACCAAGCUUUUAGAUUAUGAGAAGCGCAGUGGAAAGAACAGUUAUCUUUGCAGUGAUGGCACCUCCAUCCCUGGUUGUCUUGCACUGGGUACUGCCGUGGAGAAAGCUCUACAGGAUCUGGAGAGAGAGAAUCACAGCCUAAAGGAGAGACUGCAACUGGAAAAUGAGAAGUUUAAGGAUCUAGAGAAACAGAAAAAAGGCAGAACAGACUCUCUGCUAAAGGAGCAAAGAGAGAGAAUGGAGCAGCUUAUUACCAGUCAUGACCAGCAGGCGGCGGUGUUGACUGAGAAACUGAUGAGCUCUCGGUCUAAAUCCGAUCGACUUCAACUCCAGGUGGAAGCACUACAAAAACAGAUAGAAAAUCAAGCCCUCCUGUACCAAUCCGAGAUGAGUCAUCUGGAGUCUACUGUCUCCAAACUGCACUCUGACCUGCUAGAGAAACAGCAAACUUACGAGGCCAAGAUGGAGCUUUGUCAGCCUGCAGACCAGAGUCUUACCAUCCAAAACCUGAGACAGGAGCUGGAGCAUUGCAGCCAAGAUGUCCAGCAGCUUAGAAGCCUUGUUCAGUCUCUGGAAGAGCAAUGCCGGAGACACAUGAACAUGCAGGAUCAGAGUGACAGGAAGGCCAAGCAGCUGCAGGCUCUGUUACAACAGCGGGACACUGAGCUGCAGCUGAAACAGCAGGAGGUGCAGCAGACCCGAGCUCUGUUAGAGAACGCACAGGCGCAGGUACAGGCUUUGCUGGCCGAAGCCGAGGUGAUGAAGCUGAAGCUAAAAGAUUGGGAAAGCAGUGCUGGGAUGCUCAGGAGGCCUCUGGUGGCACUGCAGCAGGAAAGGAGUAACCUCAGCAAGCAGCUCGAGCAACUCCAACUGGACAACCAGCAGCUGAGGACUGCCCUACAGCAGGCUGAAGUGAGGCUAAGUUCUUUGGAGCAUGAAAAGCACCAGCAGCAGAUAAUUCUGUCAGAAAGAACUUGUAGCCUCCACCAGUUAACCAUGGAGAAACAGCAGAUGAUUACAAAGCUGGAGAUGCAGCACCAAAAGCUAGUUCAGAUCAAAGAAGAGCAGGAGGUUUUACAAGAACAGCACAGCAGAAAAGCUGAGGAGCUGGAAGAGCAGAACGGAAAGCUCGAAGCCCAGCUUAAUUACACUCAGGAUGAGUUGGAGCAUGCAAGGAGCAACCUCAGAGCACUCGGGGGUGCUGAUGGACAUGGUCUGAGGAUAGCUUUGGGUAUGCAGAAGCAAAUCACUGCAAAGCGUGAACAGGUCGACCUUCUCCAGAGUCGUGUACAGAUGCUGGAGGAGACCACAGAGAAGCUUUUACAGGAAAAGCGCUACCAGGCGAUGCAGAGCAAGCGUCAAGCACAGGAGCUGCUUAUUGAGAGAAAACAGAGGAGAAAGCUGGAGAGUGAACUGGCUGCUAAGAGCAACAAUGAAAAAGUCCUUAGGAGUGAAGUAGGGAGACUGGAUUCAGUCCUGCAUAAGAUGUCUGACAGUUUUGCAGAGUGCCAAGAGUUCAUUCAGACGCAGGAGCAAGACAUCAUGAGGCUGAAACUACAGCAUGCUUUAGAACUGAAGGAGGGACAAAGCUUACAAGCCACAAGGGCCAAAACGAAUGAGCAAGGAAAGAAGUUGCAUGAUAAAACCAGCAUUCACAGAUCACCCAUCAACAGUCCUUCACUACUAGCACCAGUCGCUGUCUUUCACACCAACUCUUCCAGCCAACCAGAGUUGAACAUAAGUAGUCAGAAGUGUAGCCCCACUCUGGUGAUGUGGAGCCAUGUUAAUGAGCUGCACAGUGUGACAGAGGGCGAGCAAAGCCCUCACACUCUUCCUAGUUCCAAAGAGGCACAGGACACCAACAGAGACAAAAGUGACCAAGACCGUUUUCGAGCCACUGACAUUAAAAAACAGGAUGUGAAUCCAGCGUUUUCAGCUAAUAAUGAAGAGAUGGGACAGAGUUCAGACCAGACUUGUAAUAAAUCUUGUGUACCGGUGUGCCGAAAAUCUCCAGUACACUCCCUCCUGACCUCUGACUUUCCCAGUAAUAACCACUGUAGCCUGACAUUCCAAAGCUCAACAACUGAACCCUGCAUAAUCAUCUGCACAUAAGCAAAAAAAAAACUAUCAGGGCAGACGUUCAAAAAACUGCAGAACAAGCUGGACAGCCUUCAAAGCACAGUGGAGGAUCUUCAAAUGAAGAAUGAGGGUACAAGUACAGCUGGGAGU